AUGACGUUAAUAAAAUUCGCUACCACAACGCGAGAGGCCCUUGUGUUAAUGCUAGGAGCCCUUUUUCCUUCACGUUCAUAUUCCCGGAUCAGCGGCAUUCCCACUCUCUCGUCGGAUAAUCAUACAACGUUGAAAGAGGCUGGUGAUGUCAUUGCCGUUUUCCCAGAAACCGAAAACACACCUACUGAUCUUGAAAACUCGAACCAAAAAUCCACUUCUGUUAGCGGUUGCCGAGCGUUGUUUCCAGAUUUUAUAGUUGGACCAGCAUUAUUAUCGUCACCAAACCCGGUCAUCGUCACUCAAAAACAAAAGAAACCUCCUAGACCACCAAACAGCUUUAUUCUAUAUAGAAGAGAUUUUCAAGCUAAAAUGAAAGAAGAAAACACGAAAUUGUCGAAUAAUAAGAUCUCCAUUAAGGCAGCAAAAUUGUGGAAUAAACUAUCCUCGGAAGAAAAAGAAAAGUGGGUCCGUAUGGCCGAGGAGGAAAAGAAAGAACAUAAAAAAAAAUAUCCAGGUUAUACCUAUCGUCCGAAAAUCAGAAAACAAAAAAAAAGCGCGAAGAAUGGUAAUAAGAUGUUUUCCUCAUUCAAAGUAGAGUUUCAGAGCACUCUUGUUGUCGAAAAAAAUUUUCUAGUUGAAUCGAUGAAUAAUUUUAAUGCUAGAUCUUCAAUAGUCAGUAAUAAUUCCUUUUCAACUCGUGAUAAGAAUGAGUUUAAUAAUUUGGUCGAUAAAAGCAUCACAAACCCUCAUUUUUCCGAGGCUGACGCUUCUUCACAUUUAACUUCUAGUAAUAUUUCUAGCCCUCAUUUUUCUGGGGCCACCGUCUCUUCAUAUCAAAAUCCAAUUUAUAUUCCUAACCUUCAUUUUUCCGAGGCUGACGCUUCUCCACAUUUAACAUCUAGUAAUAUUUCUAGCCCUCAUUUUUCCGGGGCUGUC